AGCAGCGGAGCAGCAGAGCAGAACAGAGACCGCGCAGGUGGUGAUAGGCAGUAGAUUAGAAGAGAAGAGCAGUGCAGAGCAAAUCCGUGCAGAGCAGAGCAGAGAUCAACUGAAGAAUAGCAGAAGAAGACAAUAAGAGGAAGAGAGAAGAGAGGCACCGCCACACCAUCCUCAGCCACACCACUUUCUCGAAGAUUCGCCGUGGCUGGUGACGAGCAAAGUUCCGCGUCCUUCGUCGACUUUGUCCUCGACCGCGCUGCUCUCGCGACUUCCUCAGCCUGGUCCUCAUCGUCUUCUUCUCCUCCUCCUCCUCCUCUUCUUCUCCUCCUCCUCUCCUCAUCUUCCUCAGCAAUGAACGACCAAGCUGAGGCCUUCAAGGCUGCAGGCAACGACCUCUACAAAUCAGGCAGCUACUCUCGUGCCAUCGACGAGUACUCCCGCGCCGUCGACCUCGACCCCUCCAGCCCAAUCUACUAUGGCAACCGCGCCAUGGCCUACAUGCAGCUCGGCAUGUUCGAAAAGGCCCUCGAGGACAGCAAUUCCGCGCUCACCCUCAGCUCAGCAAACCCAGCCCAGUACGCGGCAAACAUACCAAAGACCCAGCUCCGAAUCGGCAAGAUCCUCACCAGCCUCGGCCGCUGUGACGACGCCAUCGCCGCGUUCUCCCAGAUCCAGCCGCCUCCGAGCGCGGCAGACGUCCAGCUCGCAUACGAGAUGUCGCGGUACGUCUCCCAAGCCGAGGCCAUGGUCAGCGGCGGCAACGCCAGUCUCGCCUUGCACGCCCUCUCCGGCGCAGAGAAGCUGCUCGGCAUGAACGUCACCCCGCCCCGCAAAUGGCGUCUGCUGCGAGGCCAGUGUGCGAUUGAGACCGGCGAUUACGACUCCGCUGCCUCAAUAGCCGUCGGCCUGCUCCGCGACGACCGUCAGGACUCGGACGCCCUUGUUCUGCGCGGCAGGGUACUCUACGCCCAGGGCGACAACGCCUCUGCCACAACUCACUUCAUGGAAGCCCUCCGCGUCGACCCCGACCACAGGCUCGCGCGCACGCUGCUCAAGAGCAGUCGCGAGCUUGAGCGGAAAAAGAACGAAGGAAACGAGGCCUUCAAGCGCGGCGACCUGCAAUCCGCGCUCGAUCUCUACUCGGCCGCGCUCGCCAUCGACCCGGCCAACAAGGGCACAAACUCAAAGCUGUACUCCAACCGCGCGACCGUCAACAUGAGACUCAACCGGUUCGAGGACGUCAUUGCCGACUGCGACGCCGCGCUCGCGCUCGAUCCCGAAUUCAUCAAAGUCCGCCGGACACGUGCGCGCGCGCUCGGCAAGCUCGAGAGAUGGGAAGAAGCCAAGCAGGAGUUCCAGAAAGCCGCCGAGGCUGAACCGUCAGACAGCAACAUCCGCGCGGAGCUGCGCGAGGCCGAGCUCGAGCUGAAGAAGAGCUUGCGGAAAGACUACUACAAAAUCCUCGGCAUCUCCAAAUCAGCGGACGAGAUCGAGAUCAAGAAAGCGUACCGAAAGAUGGCGCUGCUGUACCACCCCGACAAGAACCCCGACAACCCGGAAGCGCACGAGAAGUUCAAGGACGUCGGCGAAGCAUACGAAACCCUUUCAGACAGUCAAAAGCGCGCCCGGUACGACUCCGGCGUGGACCUGCAGGACCCGGGCGACAUGUACGGCGGCGGCGGCAUGGGCGUGCCCGAGGACGUGCUCUUCCAGAUGUUUGGCGGCGGAGGCGGCGGCGGCGGCGGUGGCGUGCCUCCAGAGUUCAUGGGUGGCUUUGGCGGCGGCGGGUUCCCUGGCGGCGGCGGGUUUGGUGGAGCUGGUCGUGGAGGCCGACGAGGACAGUCGAGUUUUUACACGUACUAGUUUCCAUCCCCUCCUUUCUCUUUCUCAUGUGUAUAAUUCAGCCCGGAACUUGACCUUUUCUCGUAAAAAAGAAUGUCAUGUUCUUUUCUACAUGUCUAUAGUCUGAUUUUUGUGUAUGCCGGCGCGAUGAUUUCUUUUUCCAUUUUUUUGCCUGAUAUAACAUCACACUGCCUUGCUUUCUUUAGUUGUUUGACUAGUCUUUUGUUUUGUGUUUUAUGUAUAGAGCGUAUUUUUGUUACGAUUUACCGAGGUAGCGCGACUGAACAAUAAAAGCAUUUGUCUUAUGU